AUGAUCCCUUCCUCUCCAUCCCCACUAUCUUCAAAGCCUAAAGGCACAUCAAACUUAUCAAUGCCUUCUUCCGCAUCUGCCCAAACUUCAUCUUCUUUAAACCUCUUUUUCCAACAAACCCCUGCCUCUUCGGCUUCCUCCGCUCACACAAUAUCACCCACAAGAGCACACCAAAACCAUUCAAUCUCAUCAACAAUACAAAGGAGCCCCUCCCAAGCAUCCCUCGGAACAGUAGCAACUACGGGGACUGCAACUGGUCUUUUCUCAGCCCUCGCAGAAGCUGCCGCUGCACCUCCAGGAUCCUCAUCCUUAGCUUCAAACGCUGCUGUCCUAGCUGACCUCCCUGUCAUAAUCUCUGCUCGUGAUGUCGCAGACACAAUCUCCGUAUAUAAUAACCUUCUAACCGCUGCUAACUCCUACCGUGAGGCCCUCCUCACCGUCUCUUCAGCAGCAGCGGAAUUCGGCGCAGCUUUAGAAAACGCUGCUCGAUGCAAAGGCGCAGGCUCCUCUGCUGAACCUCUUCUAAAUGCAGGAGGCCUCCAUUAUCUCGUCUCAAACCACCAGCAAAUCCUCGCACGUUCUAUUCAAACUACUUUUGAAACGCCUGUCCGCAAACAAGUCGCAGCUUUUAAAACCCACAUGGCUGCAACUGAUGCUUCCUUUCGUGAACAGCUCGCAAAUAAGUCAAAAGCCCUUCGUGUCCAAGAAGAACACAAUGCCCGUAUGGCCCGCCGUAAAGUUCGAAAUUUGGCAGCUUAUCGUACCUCUUUACUCGAGUUAACCUCCCAAAUAGAUGAAAUCGACCGUCUUAAAUACGACCAUUUUGUUUCCCAAUUUGACCUUGCACAACAUACCUCAAACAAUAUCCUGGCUUAUGCUGCUGCAGUUGUGCGCGCUGAAGUCGAAAUAUACGAAGGAAUCGCCCGUAAAGGCUGGUCUGGUGGUGGUUUGGAUGACCUGAUAUCUGCAGGUCCUGAUCCAUUUGCUCCUGUUGAAGAAGAAGAUUAUGAUGAUGAAAACGGUGGAAAUGGAGGUCCCUUUUCAUCUUCUUCAUCUACACCAUACUAUUAUGAUACCGGGUCAACCAAGUCCACCAAAACUUACAAACCUUACAAUGAUAAUAAUCUAUUCUCAAGCCCAGAAGUCUUUUCUAACAAACUUGCAUCCACCUUCCAAUCUUUUGGCUUUAAGGACAAGAACAAAAACAAAUCUACAGGCAGCAUUACCAAUGAUAAAAGUACUACCAGUAGUCCAGAAAAGGUGGCUGCACAAACAGAUAGCAACAAUAACACCACACUAGAAAACUCUAAACCCUUUUCGGAAUCAACCAUACCAACUGAUAUACCCGAACCCGCAUCCUCUUCAUCAUCCACCGAACCUAAUGCUUCCUCUUCCAGUGGGUCUAGUGGUAACGAAGCUCAUAAUCUCUGGGGGUCUGCAUCUUCUUACUCAUCAUCACCUGCCAUCCAACCUUCCUCAUAUAAUAUCUUUUCUGCACCCUCUCCUAGCCAUAGUCCUCUAGCAUACUCUGGGAUGGUCAAUGGCGGAGGUUCCAUGCUUGCUUCAGUACCUGUUAGUAGCAACGGUCUUGAUCAGCAUUUAUCUUCUUCUACACCUCUCAGUAUAAGUGGGUCAGGUGGCAGCCUUUCAGGGCCAUCUUCUUCAGGAACUGCUCCAUUUUUCGGCAGCCCACCCUCGUCAUCAGCAGCAGCAGCACUUGUAGGUGUGAAAUCAUCUAGCCAUGUGCGACAAUCCAACGGCCGCGGGAUUUUUUCAGUUCUUCCUACAAACCGGUCCAUUCUUCCUGCACCCCCGGUACCUCGAAAUCCUAGCGUAGUCGGCAGUGAUGGUGUGUCUUUUAAUUCGAUUGAUUUGGAUAGCAGCAGCAGUGAAGAUGAAGACGAACAAGAAGAGUCAUUAGAACAGGAAGGAAAAGGAGAAGGCAAAGAAGAACAAGAAGAAGAAAAACAUGAAGAACAAGAAGAAAAUCGUGAAGAAGCUGUAACAGAAGAAGAGGAAGAUGUGGGUGCAAUCGAUGAAGAUGUGGCCGAAAGACACCGCCGAAGUGAAGUUUUAGAACCAGGUGGUGAAUAUGCAGUCAGCGAUGUUGCAGCUGCCUCUGAGGAUUCUGACGAAACAGUCGAGAGUAUUACUAUCAAGGAAGAUACACCAGCGUCGUCAUCUCUUCAACCACCUGAAUCUGAUGGUUCAAGUAUAAGCACAGCUCAGGGAACAUCUGCGGCUAUUACUGAAUCCAUAGGGACUACUGCAGCAGCAGCAGCAGCAGCAGCAGCAGCAGCAGCAGCAGCCUCAGAGGGAAACACAAGCAUUGAAAGUGUAACAGAGAUCCAAGAAGAUGAUCAAUUGGAGACUGAAUCACUGGAAAGUCGAACAGGUACUGUAACAGAACUAUCGGCAAGUCACGAAAAUGAACAGCACCAAGAUAAAAGUAAUGAAGAUGAAGAUGAAGAUGAAGAUGAAGAUGAAAAUGAGAAUGAGAAUGAAGAUGAUCUUAUGCUGGGACAUACAGGAUGGAAAAACGUACGGUCUCCAUCGUCUGUGUCAACGACUUCUGAUUCUUAA